AAUAAUAAUAACCUAAAAUUUGUAUCAAUUGUCUACCUGAUGUUUGUCGUAUUUACAUAAUCGUGAAAAACAACAAUGAGUUUUAUAAAAGGUCAUAUAGACCAAAUAAUUAGAUUAGCAAAAAUAAUUCGUCAGAAUGGACCUAAUCCUUUGAAAGUAUUAGGAACACUCUACAGAACAGAUAAUUUGAAAUUUGGUAAACACGUUGGUACUGAUAAAUACGGCAACCGUUAUUAUCAAAAUGAUUUUUACUUCUACGGUACAAAUCGCUGGGUAAUUUAUGCUGAUCACGUCAAUAUGGAUUACGAUGCAUCCCAAGUACCAGCCGAAUGGUUUGGAUGGUUGCAUUACAAAACGGAUUUGCUACCACAUGAGGAUCCAUCAAGACCAAAGUACAAGUGGAUGAUUGAACACAGGGAAAAUAUGUCGGGUACUAAAGAAGCUUACAUGCCUUACAGUACAACACAACCCAAAAUUGAAGCUUGGAAACCUCCGCAGUAAAAUUAAUUGUCUUACUCUAAACAAAAAAAAGAUAAAUAUGUAGACGUAAAAUCCAACAUGCGAUACUUGAUAGCGCAGAUUUAUUUAAAUAAAAAUUAGUGUAAAUAAAAAAUUAUUUAAGAAAUUUA